GCGCCCAGAUAAUUCGAUUUGAUUUAUGUCCCCUGACGUCUGUAUGACUUCCAUAAAAAUCAACAUGGAUUGCAUUGUUACAUUAUAAGCCCUCGUCGUAUACCAUUUAAAUCUCCGGUUUUAUCAAUUCGAAAAAUCAACCGAGUAAAAUCCGUUUUGAUUGUACGAAUCGUUUUCUUCCGUUGUCAAAUAAACUUCUCCGCAGGUUACUCGCGAAGGUGUCGCUGGAAUUUCAAAUUUUAUACCAAAAUACGCGCACUGGUUGAUAAGAAACUAGAAAAAAUUAUACAAUAUACCAGGGAAAGUCACCUUUGGAACCGGUUUGCUCCGUCCACAUAGACAAUCUCCCGUCAUUUUGGUGUAAGCGUUUCACUCGUUCGAAUGCACCUGGGAAAUUAACUAUAGCCUUUGAAAGGGUAAUUGGCGUCAGUUACCGACGACGUUUAGAAGUGGACGCAUUCGUGAUCGUUGAAAUACGCGUGCUAACGCAAUGGCUGGUAACGAGUGCAAGACAUAUUUUCAUUAAAUUCCUGGAGUGAAACGGCUGAUAAAGGGCGAUGGUGUGAAGAUGGAGUUGCUCCUUACGGGGGUAGCAGAACUGAUAGGUACUGCCAUUCUGAUGUUUUUCGGCUGCAUGGGGUGUUUAGGAUCGUUCGGAGUCGCUCCACCGCAUUUCCAAGUCACGGUGACUUUCGGGUUCGUCGUGAUAAUCAUCAUACAGUGUUUUGGACACAUCAGCCACGCACACGUGAAUCCUGCCAUCACCCUCUGUUCGGUAAUCCUUGGGAAGAAAUCACUCGUGGAAGCAGGAGUUUAUUUCGUCGCUCAAGUUUUGGGCUCCAUCCUGGGCUUCGGCUUGCUUAAAGUCGUCACUCCCAAGGACCACCUACACGGCGGAAAUGCAACCGCAGCUGCAAGUUUCUGCGUCACCGACUUGAACGAAAAUGUCUCAGCAUUUCAAGGAUUGGUCCUCGAAGGAUUAUCCACCGCAACUUUAAUACUCCUCGCAUGUGCCAUAUGGGACAAGAGAAACGAGAAGAACAUGGAUUCCGUCGCGAUUAAGUUCGGCCUGGCAGUCACGGGUUUGGGGGCUACAGCGGGUCCUUUCACAGGAUGCAGCAUGAAUCCUGUAAGAUCUCUGGCACCAGCUAUAUGGAAUAAUCAGUGGUCUCAUCAUUGGAUUUAUUGGCUGGGCCCUCUUGGAGGCUCGCUCGUGGCAUCUUUAGGAUAUCGUUCAAUAUUUGCGGUCAACGACGACGAGGUAGACGAGGAGUUACCAGAGUCGAUAGCGUUGAACAGUGUGGACACUCAGAAAAUCGAAUCGAUUAAUUAGAUUUUCAGAAACGUAAGAAAAAUUGAAGGGUAAACGAGAAGCUCGAGCUUAACCGUGCUAAAAAUACUUCAAAGCUAACUAAUUCUACUACUCCACCUUAAAAUGUUCAUUGAAGUCCCGAUGAAGGAGAUAGGGAAAGUUUUUAAGAUUGAGCACGAUGCGUAAAAGAUACCUCAAGCACUCAACCGAUAAAGGAUCAGCGACGUGUCCGAUAGUAUAUCGGGCAUUUACCUUGUGGGUGGAAUCCGCCUAUCUCGGGUAGAUUUUUGAAGCAUCUUUCAACAUUCCCUAUAGUUUACGAGGAUACGUAAACGCAAUAACGCCUGCUUCGAUUGUGACAAAUUGUAAAGAGAAUUUUCAUUCAUCGAGGAAAGAACGAUUUUAAUCCUUUUAAUAAGUUUCAACCGUGUGUAAAAGUAUCACAAUAUUUAGGACGAUUAUUCAUUCGUUACACGUGCAUAAUCGUCACGGUAUAUGGUUGGACCGUUUGAUAAAUUAUCAUAUGUUGGCCGUAAGUAACGUUAAUUCAACAUGAGGAAAAUACUCGAACAGCAAUAGCGCAAGCAGAAUACCUUAAACUUCCAGAACGGAAGCACCACGCCUAUUUUAUAUGAUACUUUUUUUGCCUUUGUAUCAUCGUUCAUCUAAUCUCUAUAUAUACACGUGACUACAUUUAAGAAUACCUUAGUACGAAACCAUAGAUAGAGGAAACUAAUCAACGACGCUAGAAGACGUAUUCCGUUUAGGAACACCUCAAACAAGUGAUACCGAUUAUUGAUUAAGUACUAUCGAAACUACUUAUACAGAAAAUAAUUAUAAUUCGCGAAGCUCUUUAGCUCGACUAAAUAACUACAUUGCUACCUCUCCAUUCAACAUCUACCUCCUGUUUCUCUGUAACUGUGUACUUCAGUAACUGUGUACCGCAGUGUGUCACAAUAAAUUCUUGUUUUUAUA